GGCGGCCCAAUAGCUUCAAGCUGCAAAUUUCAAAACCUUCCAGCUCAGACCGAUUGUGGUCAUCCGAAUCUGCACGUCAGGACUCUCAGGCGACAGUCGAGCAAAUCCAGUAGAAGCGACGCCAUUAGGGUUUUGCCUUUCAUCCUAAUCCUCGAGCAUUACAGCGGUGUCUUUGCUUGCUAAAUGGCUGGACUUUUGGGAUAUAGGGGCCUUGGACCCAAGACAAAGAAUAUUGUUGUUGCUGGAGGUUUAACUGCCUUCGUUUUCGGGGUAUAUUUCUACACAAUGAGAGCUGUUGGAGGUUCAGAUGAACUUCAAGUAGCCAUAGACCAAUUUGAAGCACAGAAAAGCGACAAGGAUUCAAAUGCGUAACCUUGAAAUGAGCUUUUUUUUCCAUGGAUAUUCUUGAGACUACAACAAUGAGGAAGCCAUUGAAAGAGGAGGAAAAUGACCACCGAGUUUUGACUCUUUUUUACCGCCCUUAUAAAUCUGGGAAAAUAACGAAUUCCUGGGCCUUCAUAAACAACAAUAAUGUGUUUUCCAUGAACUCUAAGUAGAAAUAUUAUGUGGGGUUGCUCAGCUAGUUUUUCCAUUUUGGGAGUUCAAAUGUUAUGUACUUUGACAAUUCUAUUACUUCUAGUGAUUUCAAUGGAUGAACAGAAAUGAUUUAUUCAGAA